AAUUUUCAUCACAUUUAUAUCCCUGCCUUAAUCCACUACUCAACUCCUGCUUUAGACCACGUACAACACCUCUCCACUACAUCCUCACCGCCUCUCUCCCUUCUCCCAUAUGAAUCAGAUCCAACGAGCUCUUCUCCUCUGCGCAUCAAUUCAUCGACUUCACCGCAUCGUCCACACGCCAUCGUCAAAUUCAUCCCAAGCCAUCACCGUUGUUGGCUCCGCGGCAGGCCGCCGCGUGUCAGGCAGUGAUGGUGACCAAAGUGGCAACCGCGACUAUGACGAUGGGGUGGCGGCAAGUCGGCAACAUCGGAGAACAGUGACGGUGGUGGCAGAUGGCGAUGCUGGUGGGCCUGCCAAGGAUGGAGACGCCGGUGGGAGGCUGCGGCGAGGCGGAUGGGCAGAGGCAGGCUGCGCAUGCUAGGGGUGGUUUUCCAUUUGCGGCUACCCAAAAUUUCGACUCACAAGCCUUGCUUCGUGCACCGUGCAAUACCUCCUAAAUCAUUAAAUGAAAUAUUAUAACAGGGGUGUUUUUGUCCAUUAAAGCUAUUUUUAGUCCUAUGAAACUCUACUUUCGUAAGCAGUCCUAUAUGUGCAAUAAAGUUUGCAAUAAGUCCGAUUUGAGUCAUUAACUCAUUAAAAUACAAAUGCAUAUGUUUGAGUGAUUUACUUUGUAUGCUUCGUAUAUGAUUGCAAAACUGGAUAAACUGUCACCUUUCUUGUAUAUACCGAAGUCUUAUACUCCAUAA